AUGUUAAAUCAAACUACAAUGAAUAGUAAUCAUGAUCAUGAUCAUCAUCAAAAUAUUAUCAUAGGUGACAUAGUUCUUCAUUCUGAAUUAAAACCAACAAUUAUUCCAGUAGUUACUCAUUCAAUUCCAUCAACAAAAUCUCCUUCAACAGUUGAUAAACCAGUUAUUCGUCGAUUAUCUCCGAAUUCUUCUGGAACAUCUGCUUCACAAACAAUUGUUUCAUGUGAUUUAAAAAAUAGUCUACCUGUUAAAGGUACUCAGGAACAAAUAAAAACAUCAUCAUUACCAAAAAAAAAAUUAAUGAGUAUGCAUAAAGCUGGUGUGGCAUUUGUAAAAGAAUGGAAAUCAAAAGUUAAGAAUCCAACUCAUCCUGAACUAAAAUCAUUCACUACUAGUACAAAUAUAGAAAAUGAACAAACUUAUUUUUAA